AUGAUUUCUCAUCCACAGUUUGCUAAAGCCCACCUCCAAUUACCACACACACAAGCGAAAACUCGAUUAUGUAUCAUCAACUUUGAAGAGGAAAAAUAUGGUGAUUCUAUGGUGGUCCGAGUCUUCACUAAAGAUUGGGAAUCAAUUGGUGAUGGUAACGGCAGUGGUGGCUUACUGGAUUUUGAUUAUUCACUGAGCGAUGUAAAUCUCAAAUACUCUGUCCAUAUUUUGAAUUCUUGUGAUGGGUUGUUAUGUCUAGUUGACGGUUUGGGUAAAAUUGUCUUGUGGAACCCAUCUACCAGGCAAUACAAUCCAUUACCACCAAAUGCUAAUGGUCCAAAAUGUAGUUGGUCUGGAUUUGGGUAUGACUCCUCUGCCGAUGACUACAAGAUAGUAGGGGUUUCUCACUUAGCUUAUGAUCUAAAUGUCCCUGAUCCAACAGUAGUGGCUUUUGAUUUUGAAAAAGAGGAGUUCCGGCAGAUGACAAUUCCAAGGGAUGAAUCUUCUCGUAUGUUGACUGUGAUAGGAGGAUGCCUUUGUACACCUUCUGGUAGAGAUUCAAGUAAGAUGUGGGUAAUGAAAGAGUAUGGUGUUGAGGCAUCUUGGACGAGGAUGGAUUCCCCAUAUUUGGAUGAAAAUUUCAAGUGCCAACCUCUGAAUAAUCAAGUUAAGUUGUGGGUCAAUGAGGAGCCACUUGUAGUUCUGUUUGAUGUGCUCGAUAAGCGAUGCAUGAAAUAUGCUGCCAACUUGUAUGUGGAAAGUCUAGUUCCACCUUAUCCGUCACAGAAUGAAUGA